AGCUAGCGGCAGUGAGGCCGCGCUUGGGGUCCGGCAGCUCUGCGUCCCCGCGGCCGGAGGCGUCAGCUGCGUGGGCGCUCACGCAGGGCGGGUCGCGCGGUGCCGGGCGAGAGGGAAGUCGUGGCGGCGGCGUCGGGAACAGCAGCGGCGGCGGGAGCGUGGUGCUGACAGGCCGUGGGAGAAAUGGGAGACCCAGGGCCGGAGAUAAUAGAAUCUGUCCCACCAGCUGGGCCCGAGCCAUCAGAGUCAACAGCGGAUGAAAACGAAGAUGACAUUCAGUUUGUUAGUGAAGGACCGUUAAGACCCGUUCUUGAAUAUAUUGAUCUGGUCAGCAGUGAUGAUGAAGAGCCUAGUACCUCUCACAGUGAUAGAAUGCCUGAAUCUAAGGUGCCAUCCUCUGAGAAUCAUCGCCCAGAAAUGUGCUCUAGCUGCAGUGUUCCUCUUCCCAUUGGAGACAGCAGUUCCUCCUCUGGGAGCUGUGCCAGCAGUCCACAAAGAAUAGUUUCUCAACCACCUUCUGUUGAGAACCCAUUGGAGAACCAGAAAAAUGAUCAGAAUAAUUCCGAUGCUAGUGUCUCUGAAAAAGAGACACUCAAAUCACAAAGUAACCAGACUCUGCCUUCAGCCCAGGAGGCUUUGGCUUUUUCUGAGGUCAAAGAGGAUUUACCUGGCACAAUGUCUUCAACUUCACAGAGUGGACAGGAUGCCAUCCUGUAUCUCCAGACACAAGUGGCUGAGAUGUCCCGAGUCAUACGUGAUCUGCAGUCCAGGAGUUGUUUUAGAUUUCAUCAUUCUAGGUCAAGUGAGAGCUCGUCAGUUCCUUGGGAUAUCCCCGCCUCCAAGGAGGACAGUUUAUCCACAGUCGAAGAGGAGGGUGACUGCAAGUCUCCAUCAGCUGAUGACAAAGGGCAGCCGCCUGACCCCAUGCAGUCUAGUUUCACGGGUCUUUUGAAGAGAAUGGAACAAAGGGGUGUUAUAAAGAGGGUGACAUUCCAAUCUGAAGCCGAAACUUGUGAGGGGAAGCCUGAUUGGAUGACCUCUAAAAAACGCUUGGUUCCCCCACUGCAUCCUCUUUUGAGAAUUGCCACCACAGAAGUUUUUAAAGACCCUGCUGAUUGCCAUCCUUCUUCCUUCAUGGGACACAGGGUUUAUCCUGUGGCCAAGGAUACCUCUCCUUUCCAGCCAAAUCCACCAGCUGAGGGACCCAUCAUAGAUGUAUUAGAACAUAGCAAAAGAGGAAACACAACAUCUCCUUUAGACUCUACCUCAAAAGAAAUGGAGGUCAUGGGCUGCAGGUUCUACCAUGCUGCUUCCAUCGCAGCCCGGGCUGCUAGCUACAUGGCCUAUAUGACGCAGUACCAACGUAAGCUGUGGGAAGACAUGGAAGAUCUGGUUCACGACCCGGAGUUUGAUCGUGGGAAAGCAAGGUGUAUAAUAUCUGAUGGCAUGGAUGCAGGCCUUUGGCAGCUUUGCACCACUAGGGACAUAAUGGACUCUGUAGUCAGAGUUAUGGCCAUGGCAGUAGACUAUAGAAGACAGGCCUGGCUCCGGCUAACAUCUCUCACUAAGAAAACCCAGGAGAAGAUCUUACAUUUGCCCUUUGAUGGUACAUCUCUUUUUGGACAAGAUGUGAAUGCUAUUGUUGCAGAAGACAAUAGUAUUAAAGAAAAUGACUAUAAGGACCACAGUAAAUACUAUACUCAGCAUCGGUACUUUUAUAGUCAUGAUCAGAAAGCACACUACCACAACAGAGGGUACUCCAAAGGGGAUUGGUACAAACCCCGGAAUCACCCCUAUAGAUAUAGAAAAAAGGGAGACUCUCCAGAACGACAUGGGUAUAAGAACUAAUGCUUUGACUCUGGUGGUUUAGCAGAUUAGCCUUCCAAGAUCCUAUUUUACCUAUUUUUCCCCAGGUUGAAGGUCAUCUCAAAAACAUGAGUGCAUGUCUAGAAUAAUCACAGCUAAUGUUUGAGUUCUAGACUUUUAGAAUGAAGUAUAUAUAAAAAGACUUAAACUUUAUUGGCCAAAUGGAGACUUUGCUCUAAGGAGUGUUGGAUAGAGGUUUACACAGUAUUUUUGAUCCAAACUAAGUCCAGAAGCAUACUCAGGAAUCUUCUGGAAUUAAAAGAAAAUACAUAGAUUCAUGCCUCAGGAGAAUCUUGUUGGUAAACUGAGGACUAGCAGAGUUUUGGAUCUGGAAACCAUAGCUACUAGAUCAGUGUUUACUAAGACUGAAGUGUAAAACCUCCAUUUGAGGUCAUCAUUGCUUCUGGAACUUCAGGAUUCAGCUCAAUGGGUCAUCAAAAAAUGAUAGAUCUGUUACAUACAGUCCCGAUAUUAAGAUGAUCAGCUCACCAUAGUUCAUUACUGUUCUCAAGCUCUGUGAGACUUCAGAAUUAACCCUGAAGCUAUGUGUCUGCUGGAAUUCAUUAAACAUUUGCCAAAUCCAGUAUACUUAUAACUGGGUGACUAAAUGUCACAGGUCUACUUUUGGACUUGAUAUGGAAAAAAUGUGGAAAAAUAAUACCUGUAACAUCACUGUAGAAAAGAUAAACUGUCUUCAUCCUGACUAUGAUGGGCUACCCACCACACCAUCGCUACGCAUAGCGCUGCAUGUGAGAUAGCUUCGUUGUCAUCAGUUCUACUAGUCUCUGACUUACCAAGCUCUCAUAUGAACCACCCGUGAGACUCAGGCAUAGAAGUCUCUCUAAUGUGGGCCCUUGAGUGAGAUGGCCUUCUUAAACCUGUCUCCUAAGCAGUUGGUUCUUUUGAGCUGGAUAGUGCAUUGCAUUCUCACAGUAGACAGAUGCCUCAUCGUGGCCCUGGAAAUACAGAAUAUUCUUUCUAUCAUCCAGGCAUGCAAAUGUGAACUCUUUAAGAGCAAGAAUUUCAAACAUGCCUGACAAUCUGAUCUCUCUUGAAAUAAAGAGGGAUGCCAUUAGUCUAGACUUCUUGUGAAAUCCUUGAUACAUGAAGUGUGACUGGUUGUUUUCAAGAUACACAGAUGUUUCUGGAUAUCUAGAUAAUAAUUCCUUUUAUUGAGUUCUUAAAAGGCUGGAAUCAAGACUUCAGUGACAUGUUCUUGGUUAAGUGGUUAAUUUAUCAUGUAAUCUAAUUGGACUCACUCUGAGAUGACUUUAACAUUUUGCUCCCAAUAAUAACUCCACCUUUUUGGAGCUGGCAGCAGAUACCUCAGUUAUAUUAAUGUCCCACAGUAUCAUCUCUUUAAUCUCAAGGCAAUGGCUGUAUGAUAUACCAGCCCCUAUUUCCCUGUCUUCACAGCAUGACAAAGUAAAGAAAAUGUCAAGUUUGAGGAGGUCUGAACACUUAACCUAAUGUAACUUGGCAGCCAAAAAAUAAUUUUUUCACAGAUGUAAUUCUGUGACCUCUUGGUUGUUCAAACAUCUGCUUUUUCCUAGUUUUUAAUCUGCUUGAUCAAAAUGUUUUAGGUAUAUACUAUUAAUGGAAUAUAGCACUGUCUUAAGGGUUUAUGUGGUUUCUGUUUCUUCUAGUGGUUGACGUUUUCUGUGAUGCUCACCCUUUGUAAUUCAUUAGAAAACUUCCUACUUUCAUACCCAUAUUCAGCAGCCUACUUAACCUACAUUUCUUCUUUUUUGUUUUGAGACAGGGUCUUAUUACAUACACCGAGCAGGCCUACAACUUGAUAAGUAGACCAGGUUGGCCUUGAACCCAUUGGGAUCUGCUUGUCUCUGCCUCCUGAGUGCAGGAAGUAAAGACAUGUGCCACUAGGCCAAGCUGCUGAUUUUCAUUUGUGCCAUAUAGAUCGAAGGCACUAGUUUCCCACUUUGGAAGAUGCUACUUUAUCAGAUAAUUUUAGUACUAGUCCUGUUUUAUUUGUAGACCAAACAUGAACUAGUUUAUCAAGAUUGUUUAGCAAAUUUAACUGAAUUGUAUCUAGAGUUAAUAUUUGCCUAAUUUGUCUGUAUUGCCCGUAAAAGUUUACUUUGACUUUAUGUUCUACCAGGGUUCUUUAGAAUGUUUCUAAAACAAACUCCAGAAAAACAGACUUUUUUGUAGCUUGUCCUCAAUGCUCUUCAAAGGGGUAGACUUUAGUCCAUAACUAGCAGUGCAGUGCUCCUCUGAGAAAGGGGUAGCCACCCGCCCAGACCUCACUGGAGAAAGUCUGCAUGUGGCUUUGUGCAGCUCUUUAACCAGCUGGGGCUGCUUCCGCUCGUUUGUUCUUUCCCAUCUUGCUCUGAGUUAGAUGCUACACAUCACAUGUGAGUUAUGAGAUACUCUUGUUUAAAAUCAAGACAAAAUGUUGAUUGGAGAUGUGUUCUCUGAAACUAUUUGGCACGCCCACCUAAUUUAUUUGUACCAAUCCCUGCUUUAUAGUAAACAGCAACAAAAAAGCACAUAAAAUUUAGCACUUUAACAAUUUUGACGUUAUUGUACAGCUCUUAAGUAUUUUAAGGCAGCACUACUCUCGUCUUAGAUGUUUAUGUUCAUGAAUGAAGUAAAAGUAACAUUUCUUGACCACUAAUUGAUAAACCCAAGCAACUCCAAAGAAUUGAGUUUUUCUGAAAGUGCAAAGUGUCGGGAAAUCACCAAAUUGGUGAUCAGACAGACAACCGAGUAGAAGUGCUUGGCAGCUGAGUGGUUGUGGACAGUGUGGUAGUGUAGGAACGCUUAGCUCUAGUUACUUGACUCAGUAAUACUCCAGUAUCCUUCACUUGUUUGUUUCUCUCUCUCUUUAAUCUGGCAUCCUUGACUGAUGAUGGUGUAAAAGUAAAAGUUGGUACUUGAUCUAGUGAGACACCCCAGUAGACAGCUCAAGUAGAAGGUAGCAUUUAGACUGAACCAGAUGGAUAUUUAGAUUGUGUCUACCGUGUGCAGAGCCUGCAUCAGAACUCCCAUUAGGUUGAUUUUUCAGUGAGACUACCCCUUUUUUUUCUAGACACCUUGAAUAGUGUCAGUUUAAUGAUUUGGUUUUUCCUUUCAUUCAAAAUGUCAUUUCUUGACUAGACAUAAGAUGUAUUUGGAGACAAUAUGAUUUUGUAGUUAUUAUAUAUAGAGAAAUACUAUUUCCAUUUAUUGUUAUAUAAAGUGCCUUUUUAAAUUUCACUCUUAUGUUUAAGACCUAACCUUUGAUGUGGUAUUUAUGUGACUUCUGUACAGUGAUUUACUCUUAGUUUAUUAUCUUUAUUAUCUGUACAAUUGCACUAUUUAAACGGACUCCUUCUGAAUGCUAAUUUGUUCUCCUUAUAGCACUGUUACUAAUUUCAGAAGGUUAUAGAAUAAAGUUCCCUCUUACCAUCAUAGAAGUUGUUUUUAGGUUUUAGUGGCUGGUUCUGUUUUCUAGACAUAAAGUAGCUCUUUGAUGUCUUUGCAUGUUCUAGAUUGUUGUGAUUGAGUCAUCUGUCUCGUAUCUAACCUCGUUCAUAGCCAUAGCAGUACUGCUUUUAUCUGCUAAAUGGAUGUGUUUCCUGGGACAGACGAAGCAAGGACGCUGAAACAGUGAAGUUGGUGGCACUGUGUAUUUAUAGAGUGUUCUGUGGCAGCUUCCUUAUCAGUGUAAUGACUUCCUUUUUUAAACUGGCAGCUUCUUUAUCAGUAUAGUUGCAUUUAUUUACUUAGCCUUCAAAAUGCCAUUUUGAGGGCAGCAUAUACUCUUUCAGGCUACUUUACUGCAUUAUACCUAAGUGACCUGAUUGAUAGUGUCCUUAAGGGCCCGAUACAUCCAGGAUAUAUACCUCUCAGGUGUUAUAAGCAAGGAGGUUGAAAAGACAAGAGUCCGUCCAGAAUUCCCCUCUCACUAUAGAAUUGCAUACCGAUUAGGGUGAACAUAGAGGUUAGCAGCGUAUUCACCAUUCUUGAAGUUAAUUGGGAUUCUGCUGAAGGCUUAAAAUAUGGGUUAGAUCUCUUUAGAAAUAGAGGAUUGCAAUAACUAAAAACUUCUUUUCUUUAAUGUGAGGCGUAUUUUGCCCCAGUCUUACACUGUCUAGUUCCUGUUUUUUGAAAUUUACCCUUACGUACUUAAUGUUGGUGGCUAGACUGAUACCUGAUUGUCACUGUGGGUACAUCUUAUGCAUGUCAUUUAAUCGGUCAGAUUGGUUCUAUAUGGUUUUUAGUGGACAAACUAGUCAGUUCUUUUCACUUAAAUUUUAAAGGAGGAAGUUACCAGUAAGUAACUGUUGAUUAUUGUAUUGAAUGCAAAUCUUUCUUCUCAUAUUUAACAAGUUUUAUAAACCAUUAAAAUGUAUGGCGUUUCCCUUCCUGAAGGUUUUUGAGAAUGCUGUUUUAUUAAACCCUUUUUCUCUUAUUGCUGGAGCCCCA